AUACAUAAUGAACUUUAGAGGAGGACAAUCAUUGGUCUACGGUAUCCAUUAUUAAACCUAAACACAGUUCUUGAAUACAAAAACUUUCCGUGAUUUUACCAAAAAAUAUUACUAUGUUGGAGAGUGGUAAGCAAGAUAUUCAACAAUGAAUACUUAAUAUAACUCUUGUGUAUAAAACCAGAAGUGUGAAAGUAUAAGAUAGAAAAGUGAAAGUUAAAAUCUAAAAAUGCUUUGACUUAGAGAAUCCAAUAUGGCGUCAGAAAAGGAAAGGAAUUAAAUAAGAAGGAGACUAAUUAAAAAUAAUGCAAGAAGAAUAAAGAUCGAAAGAAAAAAGGAAAAAAAUGUAAGACAAGACGGAGAAGGAUUAAAAUGUAAAAAUGUUUGUUAAAAGUAUUCUUAUCCUGGAGAUAGUUUGGAGUAUUCCUGGUUCAUCAUCUAUAUAUCUCAGCUCAGGUCUUCAAUCAGAUGGAUGUAACCCUACAGUGUACCGUGUACUUGAUGAUACCCGGAGAUCCCCGUCCUUUCAUCCUCAAGAUCAGGACGAUCUUCUCUGUGAUGAUCUCCUUCCUCCAGGAUGGUAUAGACUCAUGGCUCAAGGAAAAUCCGGGUUUCUACCUUCACGCUGUCCCGGAGCAGGAGUUUGUGGAACCUCAGCUCCAGUCUGGAUGGAGACCAAGAUACCAGACAAUCUAACACAGAUUGAGUCCUCAGCCUGUGUUAGCUGGCCCUUCCAUGGGUCAUCUCCUGACUGUUGUUUGUUUACAAUACCUGUUAUUGUAAGGAACUGUGGGAGCUUCCUCUCAUACUAUCUUCAACCAACUCAGGCCUGCUCAGUAGCGUACUGCAUAGAUACAGAUAAAGGCCCCACUGAGACGUCUCAAAACGGGGUAAGACAAGAUUGGAAAUCAAUCGGAUUUAAAAUGGUUGAAGAAAGGAAAUCCAACGAACAAAAUGACGAUAUACCCAUAAAGCAAAGUAAAGAGAAGAAUAUUGAACUAAAAGGAGGAAAAAAGCAUAAGAAGUCUAAGAAGGAAAGAAGAAGAGAGAAAGAUGAGAAGAAAAGAAGACAGGAAGGAAAACCAAGAAUACAAUUAAACCUGGAGAAUCAACAAGUUCGAUUCGAAUGUUCACUAAACUUCAAACCAAAGGAACAAAUUGCUAUCUGGUCUCGAAUUGAGAAUAGUGGAGUUGAGCUCCUGGAUCUCUCUGUGGAGGAGCUAGAAAACGGUAUUAGUAUCUUCUCUCCUGGUAUCCUCAUACAACCUGGAGAUAAGUUGGUUUGUGAAGUUGAUGGUAUCCGAAGUGAACCGUAUCCUACAGGGUUGAGUAUACAGGAGCAGAACUUGAACCUGAGAGAGGACGGAGGAGUGGUGAACCUAGAUAUUGUUCAGCAUACUCCGAUAAUCUGCGCUUCUAAACCCUGCUCAGCGCAGCUUAUCAUUCAAACAAGAAACUCAUUUGUUGGAGUUCGUCCUUCUGAUAUCCUUGUCUCCAGGUGCUCUAUACCACUGAGAGAAAUAUCGGAGUGCGAUGUGCAGGGUUGUGGGAACCAUUCUCUUCAGGUAUCAGCUGCCCUGGAUCUGAUCACUGACGGAGAUACAACUAGUUUUCUAGACUUUGCUGUUGUGUCCGGGUCUUUAACCAAUUGGGAUAAUUACUUCUUUCCGUCUGUUCAGGUAAAGGUAAAUGAUAUCCCAACCUCAAUGUGUCACGUGUUCACGGAUCCUCAUAUGAUCAGUCUUGACGGAGCUAGGUUCGAUCUCUAUACAACCGGAACCUUCCUGCUCUACAAGAGUUUGGACGAAAACUUCGAGGUUCAUAUAAGACUUUGGGAGUGCUCCAGGACUGGGAUGAGCAUGGUAUCCUGUGUAUGUGGGAUGGUAGUAAGGGAGGGAGGAGAUAUGUUAACCCUCGAUAUGUGCGGGGAUGAGGGUAGAGACUCCCUCCCCCGCCUCAGUAUGCAUAGUAUACCCGGAGCUAGGAUUAGAACCAGGGUCCUAGAAUCCAGGAAAGGAAAAGUACUCACGUUUGAGUUCGAGAGCGGUCGAAGGUUGAGAAUACACCUGGAGUACUGGGGUCUCUCCCUAUCUCUCCGGGUACAUGGAGCAGAUCAUGGUUACUCAAGAGGACUCUGUGGUAUAUUUGACGGUGAUAAAACAAAUGAUUUCCAUGACAAAGAAGGGCGAAUCCUGGACGUGAGAAUGAACUAUGGUCAAGUUAACAAGUUUGCAGAGGAGUGGAGGUUGGAACCUGGAUCCAGCAUGUUUGAUAAAACUCCAGUUGUUGGAGACUUGAAGGAGAAACCCAGGCUGUGUGGAUGCUCGGAGCAGAUGAGGAUUGUUACUCAAGAUGUAUCUGGGUCUAAAGGAGAACUAGAAAGUUCUUGCUCAUCUAGCAAACCACCUGGAGUAAACCAACUCUUGCAGUUUAUCGAUAUUAGUCCGAGUGUAAGUGGAGAUCCACUUCAAGGUGUUGAUGGAUUUAUUAAAACUAAUCAAUGGUUCGAUUACAUGAAUGAUCAGCCUUCCUACCCUAACUUAAAUCACAGAACAAAACAAGUCUUUGGAGAAGGUUUCGAUCUGUACUACUCUAUCCCUACUCGGAGAACUCGGAGAUCGUCCUCAAACCAUCUUUACAAUGCACUACCAGAGUCUUCAUAUAUUUUUCCAGGAGAUUACAAUGGAGAUGCUGGAGAACCUGUGAUUCCAACCUAUCCUACAAGAUCAGGACUCACAGAGGAGAACGUUUAUAAGCUGUGCAACCAGGUCAUCAUUAAUUCUACAAUGUCCAAAGAAUGCGGGAAAUAUAUCAAGAAUAUUAUUGAUGUUCUGGAUAUGUGUGUUUUAGAUGUAUUCUUGAUGGAUGAUACAAUGUGGGCCUCCUAUACUCUACCCCUCCUGGAGAAUAUAUGCGAGGAGGAGACCCUAAACCAACAGCUUACAUGGGACAUGGAUCUCAUGGGAAACCUUAUCCCACCCCGGAGAAUCAAGGACGGAAUUAACUGUCCAAACUUCUGCUCCGGUAAAGGGUAUUGCAACGGGAAAGAGUGUGUUUGUGAUCCUGGAUACACGUCCUUCGACUGUUCUCACUUCUCAGACUUCCAUACAGAAACAGUUCUACCUCCAUACCUAUACAUGGCUGGUAACUAUUCUAUCUGUGAUCUACAACGGGAUGAUUGCUCAAGGAUCCGGGUUCUGGGACAGGAUUUUCUUCAGGGGCCUGGAUUGGCCUGUAGUCUCCGGGAGCUUGGAGUUCCAGAGUCGGAGAGUGUAAAGAAGAAGAGCAAAGCUGAGUUUAUCUCCGACAAAUCUAUCAAUUGCAAUCUCGAUGGAAAAGUUUACAAAGGCGAGGAGGGGAAAAUCUUCGAGAUCCGGGUUACAAACGAUGGAAGAGAGAUGAGUAAUGAGAUAUUUAUCUCCGUCUUUGACUCCACAUGUGAAGAAUGUCCUGAGGGACGAAUGCCCCAGCAUCCAACCGUCUGCAAGAGAAAAUCGUCUGUAUGUCAAGGAAAGGAUGGAUGUUAUGAAUCUGACUCCGUUCAUCCUCAAAAACCCUGUCUGUUGUGUACGAAUGGAGAAUGGAAAACAUUGGAAACUAGAAUUUUUGGCGAAAAGAAUAUUUCCCUGAAAAUACUUGCUGGGGAAAUUUUAACUUACAAAAUGGAUAUUUUGGACUCCGUAGCUCAAUUCAAGGUUCUCAAUGGUCCAACUGGAUUAAAGAUUAAAGACGGAGUAAUACAUUGGAGCUCGUCCGAGGAAUCUACUGGAGAAGUUGCUGAACUGAUUCAGAUAGUUGGAGAAACGGAGUGUGAGGUUCAGGAAAUAUUGUUGCUCCGGGUCCAAGUUGAACCCUGUCCUUGUAAGAACGGAAGAAUGUGUCUGAGGUCCAGGAAUGGAACAGUUUGUGAAUGUGAGAAAGGAUUCAAAGGAGAGGAUUGCUCUGAACCAGAUACAUCCUGUACUCCCAAUCCUUGCUUCUACGGCACUUGUGAGAUUAGAGAAAAUAGAAUCCAAUGUGUCUGCGAUCAAGGAUUCAAGGGAGAGCUCUGUGAGGAUGAGAUAAGUCCCUGUCAGCCAAGUCCUUGUUAUCCAGGUGUGGAUUGUCUUGAGCUAGGAGAUGGAUAUGAAUGUGGACUAUGUCCUGAACCUCUAGUCGGAGACGGGAUGAGCUGUGAACCUCCUGGUUUAUGUAAUCCUAACCCUUGUUAUCCCGGAGUAAUCUGUACUCCCUCUAACUGGCAUUUCUCCUGUGCUCCGUGUCCUCCUGGUAUGUGGGGAAACGGAGUCAAUUGUUUCAAGAAUAAUUAUCAGGACAAAAUCUGCUCAGGGUUGAAUGAUAACUGCAAACCUUCUCUGUGUAACAGUUCAAACCCAGAUUUAUGCUUGAAUGAUAAUUCUUUACCAACAGAUUCGACGUUUACUCCAAAACGUCCUAAUGAGCCGGAGAAACCUCUGGGACGUGUUGAGAUAGCAGAGAGAGCUCCAGGACGUGAUAAGACAAUGGUGAAAACUACAAAUCGUAAUGGUUUAUCAGAGAAAACUUCAAGACUUGCUGAGAUACAAGAAGAAACGUUGAAACUCUCCGGGGUAUUAGAGAAACCUCAAGAACAUGUUGGGAUAUCGGAGGUCGUCUCUGGACAUUCAUUACUAGAUCAAACUUCAGGAUUUACGGCGAAAUCUCCGGAUCCAUGUAAACCUAAUCCAUGCUUCACAAAUGUAUCCUGCAAUGUUGAUUCUGGAUAUGUGAUCUGUGGAAACUGUCCAUCCGGAUACAAGGGUGACGGGUUCCAGUGUACCAGAGAUUUUUGCCAUCCCAACCCUUGCUUUGAUAACGUUACCUGUCACAGUCGAACUACUGGGUUUCUCUGUGAUCCUUGCCCCGCCGGAUUUAUAGGAAACGGAAUCAACUGUCGAAACUUAUGCUCCGAUAUCUCCUGCCAUCCCGGAGUAAGUUGUUUGAUUCUUGACGGAUCUCCAGUAUGUGGAAAGUGUCCGGAGGAUAUGAUUGGAGACGGAUCAUCCUGUGAGACGGAUGCAUGUAAAUCCAAUCCUUGCUAUCAUAGUGUGGAUUGUAUACACAGGAAUGGAACCUAUGAAUGUGGUCCAUGUCCCCGUGGUUAUCUUGGAGAUGGAGAGUCAUGUUUCCGAAACCCUUGUUUAUCCAAACCUUGCCAUAGAGGAGUAGAAUGUAGAGUUCAGAAGAGCGGAGAAUUCUCUUGCGGUCCCUGUCCUCAGGGUUUGGUUGGAGACGGUAAGGUUUGCUCUCUUCCUGCCUGUCUCUCCCGACCCUGUUAUCCAGGUGUAGAAUGUAUAGAUGAGAAGGAUGGAGAGUAUAGAUGUGGAGAGUGCCCGGAGAACCUGGUCGGAGACGGAAAAGAAUGUACUCCGGAUUAUUGUGCCAAAGAAAAUCCUUGUUUCAGUGGAGUGAGCUGCUACAAUAUGCCUGGAAAAGCUAAGUGUGGGAACUGUCCUCCUGGUUAUGUUGGGAAUGGUAUAAAGUGUACACCAUCAGAUGAUCCCUGCUCUACCAACCCCUGCUACCAUGGGGUUAGCUGUGUUAAUCUCUGGAUGGGACGGAGUGCAGGGUUUGUGUGCGGAUCCUGUCCAGAUUCUCAUAUCGGAGACGGGAUUCAUUGUCGGAGAACGGAUUCAUGUUCUCCGAAUCCCUGUUAUCCCGGAGUAGCUUGUUCUCCGCUAGAUACCGGAGAGUACAAGUGCGGAGGUUGUCCCAACGGUAUGCUCGGAGACGGUAUUUUUUGUUUCGGAGCUGAAGAUGAGAUAGAUAAUUGUCUGAGCAAUCCUUGCUAUCCUGGAGUAGCUUGUAAAUCCACCCAGGACGGUUUCGAAUGUGGAGUAUGUCCUCAGGGUAUGGAGGGUAAUGGCGAACAAUGUCAAGAUAUUGAUGAUUGUUCUCCGAACCCUUGUUAUACUGGAGUAUCCUGUACUGAUAUUCCUGCACCUAAACGUGGAUACUCCUGUGGAUCCUGUCCUCCCCCCUCUAAAGGAGACGGGACACUUUGUGUCAUUCCUCGUUCCAUCUCCUGCCCGGAUACUGUGAGAUGCUACCCUGGUGUCUCCUGUCUCCAAGGAGUAGGUGGAGAUAUAUCCUGCGGAUCCUGUCCUAAAGGUAUGGAAGGAGAUGGAACCCUAUGUCGGAGAAAAUGUUUCCCAACCUGUAAUGCGCAUCAGAGAUGCUCUGAGCAAACCUGUCCAGAUCCACCAUCAGAAGAUAUUUCAAAUUUAACCCUCUCACCUCCAGCAGGUAGCUCUGACCAGGCUCUGGUUGUUACCGGAGAAGCAUCACAAUCUACCCAACCUUCAUCCCAUUCUUUUCUUGCUUUUAAAACUCCUAAAUGUAAAAAGAAAUGCAGGAACGGAGGAACAUGCGGAGGAAGAAACCGAUGUUUAUGUCCACCUGGUUGGAGGGGCAGAUGGUGUAAUAAACCUCGAUGUGCGGGAGGUUGCAAAAACAAUGGAAAAUGUGUUGCUCCCAAUCAGUGUUCUUGCAAACCAGGAUUCUCAGGAUCAAAUUGUAAUAGAGAAUGCGCACUGCUUUGUGAAAACGGUGGAUCUUGUCGAAAGAACGGAAAAUGUCGGUGUCAGCCGGGAUAUUUCGGUAAAACUUGUUCUAAACAUGUAAACAAUACACCGGACAUAAACAGUGAAAUCAAUAAUCCCGCGACCAGGGCAAGCAAAAUAAACAAAGUGAAAUUAAUUCAACAAUAUUUAUCGUCAGCACAGAAGUAAAGGUAAAUAAUAAAUGUCGUCUUUUAACUGACUCGUCUUCGUAAUAUCCUGUUAAAGGGUCACCCAAUCCACCCAAAAAGGAUGAGACGACUUGAAAAUCUUCAAAUAUGACUAUCACAAGUUAAAAUUAAAUGUACUGAAUAAAAUUUUUUUUUUUUUAUUGAUUUGGCAACUAAAGAAAGAAGUUUAAAGUUGCUGGGAAUAAUCAGUAUAAGAAUAGACACUAUAAAUUUCGUAUAUAGCGUCUCUAAAGUCUCAUCCUUUUGUGGGUAACCCUGUACAAAUUUCGUAUAUAGGUGUCUCGUAUAUAGGUGGGUAACCCUGUACAAAUGGUAAUGUUUUUAUUGAACUUAUUUUCCCAUACAGUGUAAACUAGAAAACUGUGGAAUAGGAAGAUGACAUAAAAUCAAUAAUGGAGUGUGUUUUAUGUGUUACUUCUGACUUAUUUAGUAAAAUGGGUAUUUAUACAGUGAUACACUGCACACAUGCUGUGUCUCAUUAUCAUUAAACUAUUCAUAGUCUAAAAGUCGUUUUCCCAUUUAAGAGUUAUCUGGUUUCCCCCGGAGGAACAAUAUUGAUGUAUAAACUGUAAAACAAGUUAUCACGGAUUAAGACAAUAUCAAAUUCUGUAAAGCAUAUUUUUGCUUAAUUUACAAUUCAUAGCUACAAAACACCAAAGUGAUCCCCGUAAUAUUCUAAAAUAUUAAAACCACAUAUAUCUUUUUGGUUAUAUUUCAAAGGGGAACAUUGGCAGUUUGCUUAAAAUUAAUUUCUUAAAUUAUUUUAUUUUAACAGUAUCAUAAUUAGGCACUGUUAAGCCAUGAUGGCGGAAUGACAGUCGUCUUUACUCUUGCUUUUCAUUAAUUUUAAAAUUGGAAUCCCAUAUAACUCAUUUUUUAUACAUAUUUGGGAAUAAUAGAAAAUUCAGCGAUAUGACCUAUAUUAUAUAAUCACAUUAUCCAUAUAUAGAAAGAACGUUAACGACAUUAUAAUUAUAAAAUUCUGCUUUUUGUCACUGUACUAUUAUUUAUGGUAGGUCUUCUCUCAAUUCCACUUUAUUUUGGUGAACAUUGUUAUACAGUCUUCGUCCUAUAUAUCAAUACAAUGAAGACGACUUUCGAUUUCAAUUUGUAUCCCUACCAAGCUUUUAAAGAGCAUAAUAUCACAUAAACAUGAAAAAAGAGAAGCUAUAAGUUAACAGCUUCUUUUUGUUCACUUGUAAACUUGUAAUUAGAAAAUAGCUUGUUAGAAUUCAAAACGUCAAAAAGUCGUCUUCAUUAUAUUGACAUAAACGCUGACCACUGUAUCAUAUUGUGCGAAAAUAAAUUGUGAAAAAUACUCUGUUGAAUGUCAGCAAUAAGUUGGAAGAACAAUUUUGCUUUUAAAAACUGAAAGCAAGGUUUUAUUUUAGAAUUGUAUUACAUCAAUAUUUUUUUCAUUUUAGUAUGCAAAUAUGCCAUAUGUUUCUCUGUAGUGGUUUAUAAUAAACAUUGUGUUGAAUUUAUGUUGCUAAUUAUGUGAUCUGAUUUCAGCCACCGUUUUUUAAUAAUUUUCUUCAGACAAAAAUCAUAAUUUGGGUUGAAAGUCACUGGCAGAAAAGGAUUACUUAAAUAACAUUAUUUAUAAUAAAAAUAACUUUUAAAUAAUUGAAUUAGCAAUUCUAGCAAAUCAAAAUAACGCUAUAACUUCCGACAGGAAAACCUAAACUUUGAAACAAACAAAAAACCUCUUCUAAAACUCUCUCUUUUAGUUUUCAAAAUUACUCUCAAAUAUUUAUUUAUUGAUUAAUUAUGAUUGUAUAAUAUAUGAUGUAUUAGAA